CUCUCCAGACUCUGUCCAGACUCUCUCCAGACUCUUGGGAUGGCGAGCACAGCAGCAGCGCUGGCCCGGAGGAAGGCUCGGGAGGAAGACGGCACCGGCAGCCGGGCCAACCCUGUCCCCUUCAACCAGCAGGACUUUGAGCGUCUGCGGAGGGAGUGUCUGCAGACCGGCUCGCUGUUCUGCGACCCGACCUUCCCCGCAAACUGGGACUCUCUGGGAUACAACCGGCUGGGACGCUACUCCUCCAAAACCAUCGGAGUGGAGUGGAAACGCCCCGCGGAGCUGUGUUCUGAUCCUCAGUUCAUCAUCGAUGGAGCGAAGAGGACGGACAUCUGUCAGGGAGAGCUGGGUGACUGCUGGCUGCUGGCGGCCAUCGCCUCUCUGACCCUUGACCCUCAGAUCCUGAGCCGUGUGGUUCCUGCAGGUCAAAGCUUCAGCUCGCAGUACGCCGGCAUCUUCCACUUCCAGCUGUGGCAGUACGGCGAGUGGGUGGACGUUGUCGUGGACGACCGGCUGCCCACCAGAGAUGGAAAGCUGCUGUUUGUUCACUCAGCGGAGGGAGGAGAGUUCUGGAGCGCUCUGCUGGAGAAAGCCUACGCCAAGGUGAACACCUCGUAUGAAGCUCUGACCGGAGGUUCAAGCAUCGAGGGUUUUGAGGAUUUCACCGGAGGAAUCGCAGAGAGCUACGACCUGAAAGAAGCUCCGCCCUUCCUGUUCAACAUCAUGAGGAAAGCCCUGAAGCUCGGCUCGCUGCUCGGCUGCUCCAUCGACAUUUCCAGCUCGAGUGAGACGGAGGCCAUCACCAGCCAGAAGCUGGUCAGAGGUCACGCCUACUCCAUCACUGCAGCACAGCAGGUGCGUCACUUCGGUUCUCCGGUGGAGCUGCUGAGGAUCAGGAACCCCUGGGGUCAGGUGGAGUGGACCGGAGCCUGGAGCGACGAUUCGAGGGAAUGGGAUGGAGUUCAGCCGGAGGAGAAGAAGAAGCUGGAUCACUCUGCUAACGACGGCGAGUUCUGGAUGUCCUACGCCGACUUCCUGCGUCAGUUUUCCCGCCUCGACAUCUGCAACCUGACGCCCGACACGCUGACCAGCGACGAAGUCGGCCGCUGGAGCUUCAGCGAGUUUGAAGGCGUGUGGAGGGUCGGCUCCACCGCCGGCGGCUGCAGGAACUACCAGGCCACGUUCUGCUCCAAUCCUCAGUUCUUCAUCCGGCUGGACGACGUGGACGACGACCCUCACGACGGCGAGGACGGCUGCACCGUCCUGAUUGGUCUGAUGCAGAAAGACGCUCGCAGGGAGAGACGCUUCGGACGAGACCUCAACACCAUCGGAUUUGCCAUCUACCAGGUUCCAGAUGAGUUUAAAGGUCGCAGUAACGUCCACCUGGGCCCGGACGUCCUGCUGAGGAGGAACGCCGUGGCUCGUAGUCAGAACUUCAUCAACCUGAGGGAGGUGUGUGACCGGUUCAAACUGCCGCCUGGAGAGUACGCCAUCAUCCCGUCCACCUUCGAACCGCAUCGCAAAGGAAGCUUCAUCCUGAGGGUGUUCACCGAGAAAGAGGCCACCACAAGUCCGAUGGAGGAGGACGUGAACGCCGACAUCCAGGAGCCUGAAGUCGGACAGAACGAUGUGGAUCCUCACUUCAAACGUCUCUUCGUCCAGAUCUCUGGAAAUGACUCUGAAAUUUCAGCCUCCGAGCUCCAACAGGUUUUGGACAAAGUGAUCUCUCAGAGAUCUGAUGUUAAAACAGACGGUGUCAGUCUGCAGACCUGCCGCAACAUCAUCAGCCUGCUGGACAUGGACGGCAGCUCCAAACUCGGUCUGGUGGAGUUUCAUGCUCUGUGGACAAAGAUCCAGGGAUACCUGGAGAUCUUUAAGCGUCACGACUCGGACGGUUCUGGUACGAUGAGCAGUCAUGAGAUGCGAGCAGCGCUGAGUGAAGCCGGUCUUCAGGUGAACACUUCAGUGAUUCAGGAGAUCGUCGGUCGAUACGCAGACGUGAGCUUCGCCAUCGACUUCGACAGUUUCAUCGGCUGCUUGAUCCGUCUGGAGAUGCUCUUCAAGAUGUUUCACAGUCUGGACCAGAAGCAGCGUGGGAUCAUCCAGCUGAACCUGCAGCAGUGGCUCUGCCUCGCCAUCAACUGACCGCAGCCGCUCCAGGUGCAUGCUGGGAGAUGAUGGUUCAGCGGGUUGUUACCUGAGAGACGAGGAGACGUUUCAUCAUCUUAAUAAAGAUUAUUGAUCAGGUUCAAACAUGUCUGAAAGUCUUUCAAUAAACUGAACUAAUCCUGCAGAUGAUAAUAAACAGUUAUGAUCUUAAUAUCCAGUUCACUCAUCUGAUGGUUCAUGAAUCAAUAACUGAUACCACUUAUUGAUUAAAUCACUGGUAUCAGUCAUUGAUUGGACGCGGCAGCUGAUCAGACUGAUCUGAUAGAU